AUGGCCAACCUUUCAUACGACAAGCCCUCCAUAUAUAGGUGUAAGAUCUUGCGAGGUUGUAACAGUGUUUGUGGAAACCAGUACAAGGAUCAGAAUGAAACUGUUUGUUUCUUGUGUUGCGUUCUGUAUGAUACAGUGGGUGUCCUCAGAGAACUCUCCGCUCUUUCAACAAUUUGCUACUGGUAGUGUUCAAUUUACAGCAGAUGUCUACAAGCAAUUGAAAGAAAUUAACAAUGGGGACAAUUUUCUGGUUUGCCCACUCUCCGCCCUCAUCAUUUUAGGCUUGACCCAAACCGCCGCCCGAGGACUUACCGCUCAACAACUCUCGAAUGGGUUACAUCUCCCUGAAGAUCGGAAAACCGUCGAGCAAACCUUCCAACAGCUCCUGCCGACUCUAAAAGGGAACGACAAGUAUACCCUUACCAGCGCGAACAAAAUUUACGUCAAGAACGGCUACAAGAUCAAAGAAGAGUACAAGAACCUCGCUCAGAAUUCCUUCGGGGCCGAAAUUCAAAACAUAAACUUUGAGGAAAGGACAGCGGCGGCCGCCGAAAUAAAUGGCUGGGUGGCCUCCAAAAGCGAAAACAAAAUACGCGACCUAAUCGAUCCUUUAAAAUUGAGUAAAAGCAGCCUCCUAGUGCUAAUCAACGCGCUCUACUUUAAGGGUAGUUGGGUUUAUCCAUUCUACGAAGGAGCCACCCGGAAGCAGAAUUUCUUUACCAAAUCCGACAACCACAUCGAAAUUGACAUGAUGGAUAACACUGAAUAUUUCAAGUACCACUCGUCGUCGAAUUUAGACGCGCAGUUUUUGGAAAUACCUUACAAAGGCGGCGACGUUUCGAUGGUCGUAGUACUACCUAACCAAGCAGAAGGGCUGUCCGCUUUGGAAAACAGCAUCGAAGCCGUUUUGAAUACCAAACUGGACUGGAACGUCGAGGUUCAUCUUCAGUUACCUAAAUUCAAACGAGAGACAAAGGUGGAAUUGACCAAGAUCCUUCAAAAUCUAGGGAUAACGGACGCGUUCGAAGAUUGGGCCGACUUCAGCGGAUUCGCUGAACCCGGUCAGCAGUCCAUCAAAAUCAGCGACGUCGUACAGAAGUCAGUUAUCGAGGUAGACGAAAAGGGUACCGUUGCAGCCGCAGCAACCGCUGUUCUAACCAUGGACACCAUGUCCUUUAUAGAAAAGCCUCCUCCGAAGGAGUUCAUUGCUGAUCAUCCGUUUAUUUACUUCAUCAAGUCGCCUGCUGGUGUUAUGUUUAUCGGUCGCUAUGUUAAAUAAUGAGUAUGUGAUUAUAAAUUGUAAUAAACAACUCGAGAUUA